AUGUUUCGUCUAUUCUUGUGUUUCGUGCUCCUUGGUGUCGCCGUUGGCUGCCCGUCACCGUUGGGCGACCGUAAUGUGCAAUGCGAUGACGUGUUGGAUUGUAUUUGUGCAAAUCGGAUUGAGUACAGGGAUUGCGUGAAUGGAUUGUGCCUGUACACCGAUCGGGAUCUAUUGGUGCGUGGGCGACGUCAGGAGAGCUCGGCAGAUGUCGACGAAGUCAAUAAGAAGCGU